AUGUUCGACAUCAACGUGCCCACCCAGUUCGGCUCCGGCGUCGUUCGCAUUGCGCUGCCACCGGCAUCGCUGUUUAGCUUUCCUCCCGCCGAACUUCCCGCGACGAUCCCCGCGCCGCACGUUGCAGAGGCGACAUGGAAGCAGCCCUUCAACAUCCCGGAUGACCUCUAUACCCAAUUGUUGGACGUGCGCGUCCCCAUCACGAUUGCCAGCGUCUACGCGGUCACCGUCGUCGUGAUCAACCGUAUCAACAAGAGCCGUGGCUACAAGCCCUACGGUUUCAGCCACACGCCUCUCUUCAAGUUGUUUGUCGUGUUGCAUAACGUCUUCCUGGCUGUUUACUCUGCAUGGACCUUCAUUGGUAUGUUCCAGGCCUUUGGCAACGCCUGGGCGGACCGCGACCAGCCCAACGGCCUCGUCGGAGUUGUCGACUCCCUCUGCAAGAUCAAUGGCCCCCGCGGCUACGGAAAUGCCGCUACCUAUAGCCCCGUCACCAACCAGUGGUCGAUCCCCAACCCCGAGUUCAAGUUGACCGCUGGCCUGCCCGAUCAGUCCGACGUUGGCCGUCUGUGGAAUGGUGGCCUGGCCUACUUCGGCUGGAUCUUCUACCUGUCCAAGUUCUACGAGGUCGUCGAUACCGCGAUCAUUCUGGCCAAGGGCAAGAAGAGUUCGACUCUGCAGACCUACCACCAUGCCGGUGCCAUGAUGUGCAUGUGGGCCGGUAUUCGUUAUAUGGCAGCUCCUAUCUGGAUCUUCACCUUGGUGAACUCGGCCAUUCACGCGAUGAUGUAUACUUACUACACCAUCACCGCUCUGCGCAUUCGUGUCCCCAACGCGAUCAAGCGUAGUUUGACCACCAUGCAGAUCACCCAAUUCGUCUUCGGCACCAACAUGGCCGCCGCCUAUCUCUUCGUUCACUACACCAUCCCCUACCCCGCUGGAAGCGCCGCUCUGAAGCACCUGUCCAAGGCCGCUCCCGCCGUUGCGACUGCCGUUGCUGAGGCGGGCUCCAUCCCCUGGUUGAAGAAGCUGGCUCUGCGUGCUGCCGGUGCCGAGGGCAUUGCUGAGAACGUUGGUGGAGCCGUUGCUGCCCCGGCCACUGGCUACACCCAGGAGAUGAUGACCUGUGUCGACACCUCCGGCCAGGCCUUUGCCAUCUUGCUCAACGUUUCCUACCUGUUGCCCCUGACCUGGUUGUUCGCCCGUUUCUUCGUCCGAUCGUACCUUAACCGCAAGGACCCCAAGCAGCCCACCCACAUGGAGGCUGCUGAGAAGGCUGGUAUGGAUGCUCUCAAGGGCCUCAGCCGUGAGAUCCGUCGGGCCGCCAUCGAGGGCGAGAACAGCGAGAACACCGAUGAGGAGGUUGUCAAGGCUCACGUGCAGAAGAUUACCGCGCAAACUGUGACCCAGGACUCUCCCGUCCGAACACGUUCGUCUGCUGCCAACAAGGCCAAGGCUGCUGCUGCGGCCGCCGCCUCUGCAAACGAGUCCGCCUCGGAUGAAGGCUUUUCCACUGUCCCUGCAAAGAAGGGUGCUAAGAAGCAGACCAAGAGCGAGCGCGAGUCUGCCUCAAAUGUGCCAGAGACCAAGGGGCAGAACCCGUUUGGCGUUCUGGACAACAAUGCUUGA